AUGACAUGGGUACCGACUUGCUACCAGAGAAAGAUGAGACCUUACUCCAAUUUGUUCGUGGCUCGCACCGGUUCACUUGGUUCAGAGCCAGUUAAACUCACUCAGUGGAAAAUGUCCCACUGCCUUUGGAAUUUCUGCUGGGUUGAAAUGACUCCCAAAGGGGACCGACAAACAGAACAACAGCGCAAGGGUGUUAGGGACUCGUGGCUGGAAGUGAAGGUAGAAGGGUGCAGGCUCUGCCUGCCUGGCUGUCGGAAUGGAACGCGCUGCCGCGCUUGCUGUGCCACGGUUAUGUGUUUGCCUCCCUUGCUGCGAGGGAGCUCUAAGUCAGUUGUGUACAUGCCCACAGCAGUGGUGACAACACAAAAUAGUCUUGAGAGGGCAGAAUUUCCCAGCUGGCAAAGAAAAGAUGAGGUGUUUUCGGUGGUCACUGGCUGCCAAGAAAAAAUCCAGCACUGGAAGAAGGUGGAGAGCGAUUACGAGGCUCUUCAGGAACGACUCCGUACAUUGCCCGAUAAACUGUCCUACGAUAUCAUGGUACCUUUUGGUCCUCUUGCCUUCAUGCCAGGAAAACUUGUCCACACCAAUGAAGUUACUGUUCUGCUUGGGGACAACUGGUUUUCAAAAUGCUCGGCAAAGCAGGCUGUUGCGCUGGUUGAGCACAGAAAAAAACAUGUAAGGAAAGCACUGGAUGAUUUGCAGAAAGUCAUGAAGAAUUUUGAAUCCCGAGCUGAAUUCACGGAAGAUUUGCAGAAAAUGAGUGAUGCUGCAGGUGAAUUUGUUGACAUAAGAGAAGAAAUUGAAGAUGAUAGCAUGGAAACAAAAGGAAAAUACCGAACUGCUCACAAACCUCAUUCAAAGCCAAAAGUAUCAAACGUUUUUGAGGUAGAUUUUCCAGCGAAUGGAAGUGAUACAAAAUCAAUGGGCCGUUUUCAGUCAGAAGAGGAACUAUGGGCCCGCUUAGAAGAGCUCGAGAGACAAGAGGAGAUACUUGGUGAACUUGACAGGAUGCCUGAUACAGUUGAGACAAAUGGAGAAGAUACAACUUCCUCUGAAGAGGAGAAAGAAGAUAAGAGGACAGAUCUGAAUGGGACAUAUAAAGCAGAAGACUGUAUUACUCAGGGCAACUUCGAUAAAGAAGUAUCAAAUUCAGACUUGUUUGGUGGCCAAGUUAAUGGCUCUACUUACUAUCACAGUGAUGACGAAGAUGACAUAGAUGUUGGAGAUAAUUCUGUUCCAACUAUUUUUUUCUCUCACACUGUUGAACCUAAAAGGGUAAGAAUAAACACAGGAAAAAAUACUACUUUGAAAUUCAGUGAGAAGAAAGAAGAGGCCAAGCGUAAAAGGAAGAACAGCAAUGGCAAUGGCCAUGCAACUCCAGAACUGCCGAACAUCAAAACCCCAGCAGACAUUUACCGAGUCUUUGUUGAUGUUGUGAAUGGAGAAUAUGUCCCUCGUAAAUCAAUUUUGAAGUCUCGAAGCAGAGAGAACAGUGUUUGUAGCGAUACCAGUGAGAACAGUGCUGCUGAGUUUGAUGACAGACGAGGAGUUCAGAGGAGUAUUAGCUGUGAUGAAGCUACUCAGAGUGACAACAGCGAAGGCAUACUGGAGGAAGAGGAGGAGGAGGGGCAGCAGCAGCUACUGAAAAAGCUUCCUCCCUCUUCAGGGACAACUGAGGCAUUUUCCGGAACUGUUAUAGAAAAGGAGCCUUUGUCUCCUUCCUUAAUACCACACCCAGUCAUUGCUCACCCAGUCCUGCCUACCAUUCUGGAGCGAAAAUCAGAGGAAGUUUUGUCCGAAGCGUCAGAAGAAACUACAAAGAGGAUUUCAAAAUUCAAAGCUGCCAGAAUGCAACAGACUCACUAGGUCCUGCCCAGCCAGCCGAGGCUGGAGGCUCUUGCCUAGUUUCACAUUUGUUGAGAUGAUGUAAAACUAUAUGCGUUACACCUAGCUAGUUAAAAGGGUGUCCUAUGUUAAUUUGGCAUUGGUUAUCUUUUAUUAGCAACAUUUAAAAAAAAAGUUCAGAGUUUGAACACUUUGAGUAUUCAUGUUAUUCUGUCGGUUUCCCUGUGUGCUGUCAGCGCCUUUGUAUAUGUUUGCCUUAUGAUAGCAGCACUUGGGUUCUUUUUCAAAAACUCUUCCUUACAUACAUUGUUUUUGUGUUUAAACCUAAAUACAGGCAGUUUUGUGCCAGCUGUGAUGUUCUACAUACCAUAUGGACCAUUUUAAGGAAACUUUUCACAUUUCAAAUAGAUUCACCAAUUAUAUUGCAUUACUCGCUUUAGUGUUUUAAGCCACGCUUGUAUUCACAUCGCUGUAGGUUUUGCAACUAGGUGUCUGCUGGAAGUUUUUUUCCUUCUUUCAAACCUCUCUGAUAUCUCACUGUACAGAUCUAUAAAGCGCUGGGUUCAUGUACAUUGCAGGGAAGUUUCUUUGAUGGAAAAGGGUAUUUUGUAAAAUUAAAUUUUCAGUAAAAAAGCUGUGAAA